AUGGGAAAAAGAAGUAAACUUAAGCUAGCUUACAUAUCCAAUGAUUCAAUUCGGAGAACAACACUCAGGCGUAGGGGAGAAGGGUUAAAGAACAAACUCAAGGAGAUCAAGACUUUGUGCGGUGUUGAUGCAUGUGCGGUCAUCUACGAUCCAGAAAAACCAACUCCAGACGUGUGGCCAUCAGAACCAGAGGUGAGCGAUGUGAUCAAGAGGGUAGAUACGGAGACAGCGACGAAAAGGACUAUGAUGAACCAAAAGGAGUUUCUCAACCAAUGUAUCGAAAAAGCCAAGAAACAAGAACGUCGAAUGGUUGAAGAUAACAAGGAGAUUCGCCUUAAGGAAGCCAUGUUCAAGUGUCUUGAAGGAGGGAAGAUGGGAGACCCCGACAUGAACAAUAAAGAUCGUCGUGAAUUGUGUGAGUUUGUUGAUAAGUAUCUUAAGAAUAUUUAUCAUCAUAGGGAUGUAACUCUCAAGAAUCCGGAUUUCGAAAUUGGAGAGUCUUCUUCAAGGGAUAUGUUGCCAUCCUAUGUUUCCCCGGUCAUGGCACCACCACCUCCUAUGGCACAAACCAACCAAGGAGCAGCUGAUGUUGAUUUGCAGAUAAGUAACAAUCAAGAAGUUUACAUCCCAGCAGUGAAUCAGGAUGAGUUUCACUAUCCAGACCAGAAUCAUGAUGGAACUCAAGACCAAGGAUUCAUUGAACAGAUGAUGAAGUAUGGUGAGGAAACAAAUUUUCCUUGGAUGGAUCACAAGCAGUUCUAGACAGCAUCUAUUUGGACGAAGACGACAAUGCCAACAAUGUUAUAUCUCUUUCGUCUUUACCGAUGAUGUUGUUCUCAUGACUUCUCUCUCAGUCACAAAUCUUUGAUUUGUGGUUAUGUCUUAUAUUUUUAGUUUAUCCAGUUUAAUUAUGUAAUCUAAACCUCUUCCUAUUUCAAUUUCUGUACUAUAUUAUAUGAUGAUUUUGCUAAUUUCCAUAUAAAAAGAGUUUCGGGUA